UCCACCGGCACGACUCCGAGGCCCGUCGGCAAAAUCACUAUGAACGCAAGCCUUGUGGUUCGCGCCCUUCCUCCUCGGCCUCCCCCUUCGCCUCCCACCCCCCUCCUCCCCCACCAAGAAACCAAAGAACUCUCUCUCUCUCUCCCCCAAAGAACCAGUCUCCCUCGAGGAUGCCGUCGCCGCUGACGCGCCUCCGCGACCGCGAGUUCUACUCGCCGCCGUCCGAGCCCCCCGCCGACCGCUUUAUCCCCACCCGGGCCCUCAUGGACCUCGACCUCGCCCGGAACUCCCUCUACGCCUCGCGCCGCCAAGACACGGGCGCCACCACCACCUCGCCCGACGCUUCCAGGGAGCAGUACAGGAGGUGGGUGGAGGAGAACCUGCGGGCGGGGCCCGACGGGAAGUCGUUUCGGAUGCUGCCCUUCAGGAGCCCCCGCGGUGGCGACCGCUGCAGACGGAGCCUGCGCCUCGUCGACGACAUGGUGGAGGAGGCCAAGGAGUCCAGCAGCCCGGCACCAGCGCCCCGCUGGCGCUGCAUUCCCAUGCGUCCAAGCCUAGUGUUUGAUGUGCCCGGGAUGACUACGGACUUUUAUCUGAACCUUCUGGACUGGGGAAAGGAAAAUAUCCUGGCAAUGGCCCUUGGUUCUAGUGUAUAUCUAAGGAAGGAGGAGGGCACAUCAGCGCAGCAGCUGCUACAACGCACUGGAGGGACUGCGUGCCCUACGAGUGUUGCUUGGUCUUGUGAUGGCAAAAGGUUGGCUGUCGGAUUUGCAGACUCCCAGAUUGAAGUCUGGGAUAUCCAUGCGAUGCAUCGGAUAAGAACCUUUGGAGGCCACACUGACAGAGUGGGAAGCCUCUGUUGGAAUGAUAAUAUUCUGACAUCAGGAAGCCGUGACAAAUAUAUAAUCAACUAUGAUGUUAGAUCUGGCAAGGGUGUGUACCAUCUGAAAGGACACCGAUCUGAGGUCUGUGGUCUGAGAUGGUCUCCGGAUGGAUUGCGGCUCGCCAGUGGUGGCAACGACAAUGCUAUUUAUGUGUGGCAUUCCCUAAACAUUGAACCGACUAAGUUCCUUUAUAGAUUUACUGAGCACACCGCAGCAGUAAGAGCCCUUGCCUGGUGUCCUUUAAAAAAAAAUAGGCUUGCUUCUGGGGGUGGAACUGCUGAUCGAUGCAUCAAACUCUGGAAUACUGAGACCGGAACAUGCGCAAAAACUACAGAAACAGGUUCUCAGGUGUGCGCAUUGGUGUGGGAUCGGCAUGAGAAUGAGAUCAUUAGCGCUCAUGGUUAUAGCAAUAACCAGCUAAGCCUGUGGUCCUACCCUUCCAUGGAGAAAGUUGCAGAUUUAAAAUGGCACACAUCAAGAGUUCUUGAGCUCAGUCAGAGUCCUGAUGGUUUGAAAGUCGCGUCGGCUUCAGCAGACGAAACAGUCUGCUUAUGGAAAAUUUCUGAACCACGGUCACCUUCGAAGAAGGUUACUGAUGAUGAUGAUGACAGUGUUCUGUCACUCAAGAGGCUGCAAAUUAGAUGACAGGGUAGCCUGAAGUGGUGGGAGAGCAUUCUGCAAGAAAGACACUCCAAAGCAUUCAGAUUACUCCCAGUGUGUACCUUGACAAUUUGAUCUUUCAUGUUCAUUCUGGGCAGGAAGAGAAGCUUUAACUUUUUUGCUCAGAAACUCUUCACACCUCGCCACUUUCUGUAAAUUUUACAUACAAGAUUCUUUCAGUGUCCAGUAUGGAUAAUAGUUCCAUUCAUUUGUAAGCAUGGAAAACAUUAACCAACUAGUCUGUAGUUGGAUGGCUUGAUAUAUUGAAGCCUGGAUGGCUGGAUACAUACAGUAAA